CCAACUCGUGCGUGCCUUGAGGACUAUCGUUUUGGAAUAGUGAGGCCUCGGCGGAUAGUAUGAGGAUCGCCGUUGCUGCUCUCGGGCUGGGCCUAGCUUCAGUUAUCCCAGGUACAGUUGAUGGGUUCGUUGUUCCUGCUGGGAGAGUCGUCGAUGUGGUCCCCUCGUCGAGAAGCGAUUCUCUACACCGCGCCGGAGUCAUGGGGGACCGGAGCCGGUUGGGCCUUAGCGGUUUAAGCGAAAGGAACCCGGUCUCGACCCUCAGCCGCGACGGCGGGGCUCGUCAAACUUCCACCGCUGGUGUCACGGCAACGGCGUUGAGUGCAAGGGCGGGACGCGGAGCAGAAGAGGGAGGACAGGAGGACGGGCCAUCUUCCGCUGCUGCAAUGAGCGGGGUCGGGAGCGUCGGAAGCAACGUCCUGCUUCUCGUAGCAUCGGUGAUGGUGGUGAAGGGUCUUCUCCUGCCCGAGAAUGUUCGGCACCUGGGCUUUUGUCCGACCGAGGACCCUAUUAGGGGAAGGGACACCCUGCCGUGGAGGAUGAUGAUUGAGUCCGGUAGAGAGUGCGGCACCAUCCCGGAGGUGAUGACCAAGUACGUCACUGCCCCGCUCGCGUUCCCGGGAACGCCUGAGUGGGGCAUGAUGCUCAACACCAAGGAAGACCUUGCCAAGGACGCCUGGCUGCAAUGACAUUAUGAUGCCAGCCGGGGCGUGCUCCGUUGUUUCUGCCUUCAUCACUUGCCCCUUCAGCGCAAGCCUGCAGGAUGGAGACGCCUCAGUUGAUGUCAAAACGCGAGUAUUCUGUCGUGCAAGCUAUUGCCGUCAUGGAUUGUCCCUGUUGGGGUAGUGAC